CUUUUCUUAUUCACUUGUGAAGCAUUUAUAUUUUUUAAAAAAAUAGGAAGAGGGAAGAAGCCAAGAAACACCAUGAUGUAUACAAAAGAGCUCAUGAAAAUAUCACUAGCUGAGUUUCUGAGAUAUUAUGAGCAGCCUAUAAGUGAGGAACAAGCAUGGGCUAUUUGUUUCCAAUGUUGCUGUAAAAUGAAACAGAUAGUAGCUCAGGAUUCUGCAUUACAGAUGAUAGUCUUAGAUGUUGAUAAUGUCUACAUCCAUUCUGACGGCAGUGUGUCCUUUACCAUAAAACAUAACUCUGAUGAUAGUCAUACAAAUCAACAACCACCACCACCAAGUGAUUGGCUGGAAGAUAAGCUGACAGAACUGUUGGGAAAGCUGAUCUAUAAAGCUCUGGACUGGGGAAUUGAGAGCCACAUGGAACGGGAGCUGAGCGAGUCCCUGGAGAAGCUCAUAUGCCUUAUGCUAAAGCUGAACAUAGAGACAGUGAAACCAGCAGUCUCCUUCCAAGAUGUCAUCAAGAUCUGUGAGGAUCACUUCCUCAAGCCUUCCGAAGCUGCCAGUCAUUAUACAGUGAUCUGCAGAGUGCUCUUUGCUGAAUACAUUGAGCUUCAGAAACUCAUGUUCACUAUUCAGAGCUGCAAAGAGUAUUUGGGGAGAAUGGACGUGAAAGAAGAUUCUCGGAGGCAGAAGCCUGAUAACAGGGAUUUGGGGAGAAUGGAUAUGAAAGAAGACUCUCAGAGGCAGAAGCCUAAUAACAGGGCUGGCUUGUGGCAAGAUGUGCUUGGUGACUUGCAGAAGGGUGUGAGGCUGCACAAGCCUAGGGCUCCUCCAGAAAAGUGUACCCGCUACCCAUAUAACACAGUGGUGGAUGAUAUCAAAAACAAGCGCUAUGCUCUCCGCAAAGUUUCAGCACGGGAAGUGAAAGAGAGAGUCUGCCAAGAGCCAAGUCUGCAUGAGCGGCUCAUGAUGGAAGUGAAAAAUCCGCCCAAGCUUCGACCCACCUUUACAGGGAAAAGUAGGAUCAACCACAAAAAAGACUCUCAGAAGUUCUCAAUGAAUAACAUUUUCUCUGACCAAAACAUCAGUAUGGACACCUCAAAGACGAAAAAACGACGGCUGAAUUGCAUCCAGUCUGACCCAGAAAUUAAGCUGUUGUCCAACUGCAAUCAGAUGCCUACAAGAUGGUCACUGCCAACUAUUGCAGAUUUGAUGAGGACACAAUAUGCUGAGUAUAUUACUGAAAUGAAGGAUUCCUGUCAAAAAGCCAGUUGCAGUAUAUCUUCAAGAACCCAGGUGUGUGCCUUUUGUCAGAACCAGUUCUUCAUCUGGCCUUACCUGUGUCAUCUCUGUAGUAGUGUGAUCUGCAAGGACUGCUGCAUUAAGAUGUCCAUGCCGGUCAGACCCUGUAUACGUCUUCCACUUAACUUCUUUAAGGUAGUAAAACUGAGCAAAGAAGACAACCUGGUCCCGCAGGAUCAGAAAACUGCACAGCUCUUAUAUGAAGUAGAACACUGGGAUUCUUCGAGAGUGCCUCUUGUGUUUGAGCCCCACCGUUUAUCGUUACCCCUUGCUUGUCGUGCAAAAAUCAUGACAGAUUGGCCUUCUGUGGACAUCUGUAACAAAUGUGAGCAAUACCUUCUGGAGAUCAUCUCACAUCAGCCUCCUUCCAGGAAAAGACCUUUGUCAUGGACGGAAAUGGAAUAAUAUCCUACCCUUACCUCCACACUUCCAAGUAUGAGAAAUGUAAAUCAGUGACACAAAGGCCUAAACAGAAGAACCCAUGCUAGAUUGUGUUUUCUCUUCUAGUGCUGAAGGGCCAGAUACUGCUCACUUGACUGAUUUGGAAAGCUGCACCUUAAAAAAAUAAAUAAAAAUAAA